UGGUCGGAGUACGACGGGCACGACCAGCUAUCGUUAUUUCUGAGGUGAGUAUUGGCAGCACGAUGUUGGCCCCAGACAACUCUUGAUCCUGAGUAUCUAUUCAAUCACUCUCUCAUGCGCGAACUUCAAGCUUGGAAAACACAUAUAGCUCCGGCGUGCGUCUAUAAGGUAAUCAUCACUCAUACAUCACGCCCGGGAGUGUCGGGUGGCCCCUGCCUCCAAGAUGGGUAUCGAAGAGUUCGGCAUGUUGGUGGACCAGGAUACUCCGGUCAAUCCGGUGGAUGAUGUCACCUCGGAAAGGCCUCCUUCACCGAGCGAUACUGAGCGAUCAGAAGUAGAAAUCUCGAUCGCGGAAUGGCUUGAUCAAUGCGUCAAGCACAAACUGCCAGGUUGCUGCUCAUACGAUCUUGAGCUCAACGAUGACGAUCUGGUAGGGGGAUGUCCCCGCGAGGAUUGUGCCCAAUACAAAAUGACAAGAAGAUUUGCCCUUGAAGGUCAACGUCGAGUAGAAUCACAAACAUUGAAGGGCGAUUUCUGCGUCGAAAUUGCCGAAAAAUUACGCAGACUGCUGAAACAGGUCUUUCCACGGAAAAUACCCCACGAAGAAUGGCCAAGAUGGCUUCGCACAGUGUACGGGCUGAGCGAUGGUGCUCGAGGUGAACCGGUCAGCGCAUGGGACUAUGCAGAGGGCAUUCGAACUGCUCUCAACUCCGGCCCUUACAAGAUGGACCUCGCUGACAUCUUCGAAGAGGCAUUCGACUGGUGUGAACGUAGACUGGUACUUUACCCUUUCGCUAGAAACCAAGCACGGGUAGAUCAAGACUUCAAACGGGAAUUCAAGGGCGAUAGCCAUCAUCGUCUCCACAACAGAAUCGUAGGAUUGGACAGACUCUUCUCCCGCGAGCCUUCGUCUUUCAAGGCCCGGGUCUUACCGAUCGUUCAGUCGUCUGGAACAGGAAAAACACGUACUACGUUGGAAUUGAGCACUUUGGAGCUGGGAUUUUAUACCUGCAUCCGUGAUUCUCCGGGAUCUUCCACGGUAUCCGCUCCGAAGCAGGAUACAAUUGUAUACGACUACUUGACUAGCCAACUUGAAGAUGAUUUUGAAAUCCUGAAAGCGGUAGCCUCCUGGCUUGCUGGUUUCUUUCGCGCCUAUGGGAAACUUUGCCAGAGGGAGAAGAGGAAGCUCGGAGACAGAUGCGCUCGGAAAGAGCUCGCCAUCCACUUGGCUAGCCUACUGAGGAAAGACAUCGUGCGUGACUUUCCUGCGGGUGAACCUGGUCUCUCUUCAGGCGGUUCGAGCAAGCGCGUACACAAACAUUCGAAACGCGACCGGCUAACAAUUGAAAUCAAACGGGCGGCCGAAGAAUUCUUGGCCAACGAAUCAGAAUGGUGUUGUGAACUUGUUCUGCGCCAUCGUGACCGUUCAAGCGAUACGAGGAUGCCGAGCCAAUUGGAAUUCUUCGCAGGAAAGCUACGAGAAGAAUUCGAACCUCUACAAAACCUAUUUCCCAAUGAACAGGACAACGACGAACAUUACAUUCAUCUGGUCUUCGAUAACGCUAUGGCCAUGAAGCACAGACUGGAAUGUCUUCGCAGUUUGCUCGGCCACAUGAGAUACACGAAGUUCUGGGUCUUGCUGGUCGAUACAGAUGCCAAGAUCGCUAAAUCAAGCGAUGGCACCCGCUUACCCGAGCCUUUCGUGGAGCUACUCCCAGACAUUUUUCUAAGAUCCCCCGACCGAUUGCCGUACUACCAUUCGAUCCUCUGGGGAAGACGACAGGUCACACAUGAGAAAAUCCUGGAACUCAUUCCCUUGAUGGGCAGACCGCUUUGGAACGAUGAUCUGUGGCUGCAAGGUGACAAGGAGUCCCAGCUAUGCGGUCGAGAUCUUCGAUACGUCUUCGAGAAGCUCAUUUUUGCCUCAUCGAGAGACUUCGCCGGGACCGUCGAAAUCGUCAACCGGGGGCAGAUACUAGGAGUACGUGAACUCGUGGCGGCUGCAUCUGAGAGAUUUCCCUUGGAGUUGGCAGGGAUACGGAGCCGAGAUGAUGAAUAUGGAGAUCGAGAUGGGCUCAGCUUCUUGGAGGAACAGAUAAAAACCCGUCUCCGUCUUCUGACAAGGUUGGGAAGCUCUAGAGCUCUGAUCCGGGCCUUCAAUCCGUCUGAACCUAUCUUGAGUCUCGCUGUUGCUCAUCAAUUCCGAAAUCAACCGGACAGUACGUGGUCGGCGAUACUGACGGUGUUGCUCAAAUCCUUGUAUCUCGGGGACAUGCGACUCAGGAACAACAACGAGGAAUUCUACACUAUCGUCAUGUCUUUUGCCAUGGAUCGGGUUUUGAAUCGGUCACGGUCGGGUCCGCGCAUGGAAGGCCGGCUACCUGCUCAUCUCUGGGUUGCGAACGCUCAUGAAUGGCUUGAGCAACUGCUUGGAUCCGAUAUUGCAAACCGCCCCGAAAUCAAAGCUUGGUCUCGAUGCCGAUGGAUCAAUUUCACCCAUUUCGGAAAGUUUACCAUACAAGACGCAGAGAAUAAGCCCAUCUCUGAGACGCUGUUGAUGCAGGCCUGGACACGCCAGGUCGCGAUAUUGGUACCUCAGCACCUGGAAGAACGGGAUAUCGUAGAAAUCUAUGUCGUUUCUCUUCUGUCUCCAGAGAAGCCAACUCUCGAUUCCCUCCUCAAGCGUGAAAACCUCUGCCCGAUCGAGUUCCGGAUCCGACGUACACGCACAUCCGCGCCAACGGCUGGAGUGACGCAUCUGAACACUCUGAUCGAUCUUGCUGGAUCUUUCAACGUACAAAUCAACAUCUCGAGUGAAGCCACUCACGUCGAAACGGCUCAGGCCAACGAUUCCGCCGGCAGGAUGUGUUUCAACAUCGGAGGCUCAAAUGUCAGCCUUUAUCCAAUCGGUUCUCAUCUCACGGAUCAAGCGCAAGAGACUUUGCAUGCGCUGAUCGGAUACCAAGAUUCCGGUGAAGAGUGGGAUGGAAUCGAUGCAAUCCACAUACGAAAUUUCUACCGAAAUCACGGCGCCAUUCACCACACCGAUCAUGACGACUAGAAACCAAAGUGCUCGACCGAGGGGGAUUGGUUUGCGCACAGAGUUUCAAAUCCUGAUCUCAACGUGGACAGAUGCAAGAAAGCGAUCGAAGUACUCGUAGCGUGCGAACUUAA